AUGUCGAAUAAAGUUCCACCCGAUGGUGGAUACGGAUGGGUAAUAACAUUCGCUUACGCCCUAAACAAUGUCGUCGUUCUGCCUCUCGUUGCCGGUUUUGGAUUAGUAUUUCAAGAGGCUUUCGAAGAAACGGGGCUCACAGCCACCCAGGGAACCCUAGUCAUCACCCUUAACCACGGAUUUGGAAUGCUCCUUUCCUUUUUCGGGGGGCCAGUGCUCCGAAGAUGGGGGUACAGGAAAGUUGCUGUAUUUGGAGCAGUGAUGGUUUCUUCUGGACUCAUUUUGACCGCAUUUGCAAACAAUUUUUGGGUCUUUAUACUGUCGUACAGUAUAAUCAACUCAAUGGGAAUAGCUGCAGUCAUGGCGGCUUUCACAUUAGCAAUAAACUCUUUCUUUAAGGAAAAAAGGGGAAGGGCAAUAGGCGUUGGAAUGUCUAUCACAGGCUUAGGGACAAUUCUAAUGCCGAUGGUAAUGACUGCCUUUUUACUGCGACCAGCCAAGUGGUACUUGAAAGACCCGCCGGUUUUAGAGGAAAUGCAACCAUUAAAUAAAGAAAAUGGUAUGGCAUUGACCAAUGGUAGCAUAAGCGCGUCAUUCAAACAAAUGGAUAUUCUCUCAUUGCAAAAAUUGGAGCAGCCCAUAAAUAAUGAUGUGCAACCAACUAAAAGUCUCUCAAUGAGGUCUCUAAUGAACACAACAAACAUGCAAACAAGGAAUGCCAUAUCACACCCAGAUAUAAGCAAGAAACCUCCAGAUCCUCCCCUUUCUGAGUCUCGAUACAAAUGGUGGGAAUCUCAAGAAAUUAACCUGGGAAGUUCUAUUAACAUUUUUUAUGAAGGUGACAGCGUUAGACAAAUAAAAUCAAACCAGAAAGAUUUAGAUACUGACGUAGAAAAGAAAAAGAAGAGUCUAAUACAAAGAUUCAUCGACUUUUUCGAUCUGACCUUGUUGCGCGAUCCCAUAUUUGUCAACAUUUUGUUCGGACUAUCGAUAGCAUCGUGUGUGGAAACAAAUUUUUCUCUGUUGUUACCGAUUAUUCUCAAGGAUUUAUUAAAGUUUGAGACUGCUGACAUCGCGAAAAUUAUGGCUGUGAUUGGAUUUUCGGAUACAUUAUUCCGAUUUAUUUCACCUUUCAUCGGAGAAUGGUGCCAUAGACCCCCAAGAGUGAUGUACUUAGUCAGUUUAUUAGUAAUCAUCAUUAUACGUAGUUUAAUGCUCUUCACUACAUCAUUCACUGGUAUGCUGUUCGUUGCCUUGGCGAUUGGUGUCACAAAAGGAGUCAGAACUGUGUACAUGAACAUCGUGAUACCCAGCUACGUGCCCCUGGAAAGGCUGCCAUUCGCGUCAGGGAUUCAGAUGUUCUUCAACGGAAUCGUCAUUAUAACGAUUGGAUCGUUGUUAGGUCGGAUACGAGAAGCGUCAGGUUCAUACAGAUUGCCAAUCGUCAUACUAAACUUGGUUACAUUAUUGACCAUCCUGUCAUGGAGCAUCGAAUUUUUAUAUUUCAAAUUAAAAAAAGCAGACGCGAAAGAAAGUAUACCUGCC